AUGGUCAAAUGUCAGUCAUUCAGCGACUGUCAAUCUUCACUGUCAAUUAUUUGUUGUCAGUUUUCACGUGUUUGUCUUCUAGUAUUUAUUUUCAUUGUGAUUUUGCAAUGUAUUUAACAUGUAUUUAAUAAAGUUCAUUUAACAUUUUACGUAAUAAAUUGAAGAAUAUAUAGAGCUGAAGCCUUCAUAAUGAAAGCGGUAAUACAGCGUGUCACUAAUGCCAAAGUAAUUUUAAAUAACGAAGUUCCUGUAAGUAUCGGGCCCGGAAUAUGUGUCCUCGUUGGUUUUCACAAAGAAGAUACGCUCAAAGAUUUGGAAUACAUAGUGAAAAAAAUAUUAAGUGUAAAACUGUAUGCUGAUGACAAUGAUGAAAACUGGGAAAAAAGUGUAGUGGACAAACAAUUAGAGGUGCUCAUUAUUAGCCAAUACACCAUUUAUAAUGGCUGGAAGGGUAAUACACCAGAUUUUCAUAAAACAAUGGGUGGAGAAAAAUCACAAGAACUCUAUAGCAAAUUAAUGGAAAUGGCAAGAGAAAUUUAUAACCCAGAAAAAGUAAAAGAUGGUGUUUUCGGGAUCUAUAGACAGCUUUACUUGGAGAAUGAUGGUUCAAUGACGUUUGAAAUCGAUUCACCUCAAGCUUGUCAUGAACUGCCUAAUGAAAAUAGUAAAAGUACUAUAUGAACAAUCAUGAUAGUCAUCAUUUUAAAUGUUUUAUUGACUACAAUUAAAAAGAAUCAAACGGAUGUCUUAAAAAAUCGGAAAAAGAUAAUAUUAGAAUCCACAAGAUUUUUAGCGAUAUUAUUAUUUUAUAUUAUAGGACAUUUAGACCUUGCAAUAAAUAGUUUAUUGUUACCUAGUCAAAGUACUAUUUUUAC